AUGACUCUCACAACCCACCUCGUCCGUCGUGGCAUGGACGCCGUCCAUAAUGUACAUGGAAUGAUGUCCGACUUGGAUGGGAGCCAUGGUCAUCCAGGCAAGGAUAAACCAACUAAAGUUCCUCUUGGGGCUGUUUUGACCUUCUUUCUCACUGGCUUGAUGUUCAUUGUGUUCCUCUUCUGCAUCAGCUACACUUAUGGCCACUUGCUCCCUACUCUGUGUAUGAUCGAGUCUCCCGAAACCGACGCCUACGUUCCGGUCGAUGUGAUUGAGCCUACAGAUCCUCCUGCCUAUUCACCAACGGCCCGCCCCAAGCCGGCUAAUGGUCCUCCUGAAGAUGCUGAAUCGGACGCGGACACGGACGCCGAAGUACUCCUUGUUCGAAACAAGCCUUACACUGCGUCCAUUCGUCAGACCAUCCGCCACCUCCAAGCUCGCGCAGGUUUCUGGUCCCGAUUCCGUGGUUUGUCGAUGUUUCUUGUCUGGAAUAUGGCCGGUGGCUUCCUGGUGUCAGUGAUCGGCGGUGUCUUCCGCAACCCCAUUGGAAGUGCGUUCGCUGCCAUUCUUACCGAGACCGCCCUCGCAACCUGGCAUAUGACGUGGGUGCACAUUGUCAUUUCAGAACCAAGCAAGAAGCGAUGGUACAAGCGUAUUCCACCGAUGAAGACAUGGCCUAAAAUCGCCCCGGCCGUUGCUUUAUGGGCAACAACAAAUCAGAUUGUCUCUAUUCUUCCCCUAUUGGUUUGCGGCUCAUUCGGAUCCUUGAAGCAUAUGAGCGACCCUGAGUAUCAGCCUGGCAGGAAAGAUCUCUAUGCCGUUGGUGCACAAGGAUUGAUGGGUAUGACCCUCACGAUCAUCCUAUUUGUGCUUCUGCAAAUCCCGGCCAGCGUGACCUUGGUUCGGGUUGCUGCAUCCAUGCUUCCAGAAGAGGACGAGACUAUUGUUCCAUUUGAUCGUACCUUUGGUGGAAAGACAACGCCUCCCAUUGUUGGUGGUCAGGGCAAGAUUGGUCUGAUGGAGGCUUGGAGAAGUUUCCCAUGGGCUAGUCGAAUUCGAUUGCUCAAGCUCAUGAUCAAGGUGGCCUUCAUUGGGAUGGCUUGUUGGCUACUCUUCACCAUUGUUCUUAUUGCGGAGGCCCACAUUUUGUUUGGAGACAAGCUCGGAGGCAUGAUGAAGACGAUGCAUGGAAUUGCUGGCCCUCAUUAA